AUAUGGUGCAUUUCACAAAUUUCAAAAAUGCCUGCAACAACGUGAAUUCUGGUAAAUUUUUUCCUUUCAAUUGAAUGGUUUUCCUUGUAUUGCACAAUAAAAUAUAUUGGAAUUGUGUGUAUGGUGCAUUUGUUAAAUAAUCUGCAAAGAUCAACUGCCGGUAAACAUUCAUCGCACGGUAAAUAAAAAAUAUCGUUUGGAGGAUUUCCAAACAUGAAGUGCUACUACGAAGAAUUGGGGGUGUCGCGGGACGCCAACGAUGCUGAUAUCAAGACUGCAUACCGCAAAUUAGCUUUGCGUUGGCAUCCUGACAAAAAUCCCGACUCGCUCGAUGAGGCAAAGGAACGCUUUCAACUUAUACAACAAGCGUAUGAAGUGCUCUCUGAUCCGCAAGAAAGGGCAUGGUAUGACAAUCAUCGUGAUCAAAUAUUACGCGGUAAAAACUCCGAAUAUACCGAGAAUUGUCUGGAUGUGUUUGAAUAUUUCACUUCAUCAUGCUUUCGAGGAUAUGGAGAUGAUGAAAAAGGAUUCUAUUCAGUAUACAGGCAGGUGUUUGAAAAGAUUGCCGCCGAAGAUGCCGAAUUCAUGGACGAUGAGGAUGAAGUUGAGCAGAUACCCACAUUUGGUGAUUCAAAGAGUAGUUAUGAAGAUGUUGUGGCACCUUUCUACGCUUAUUGGCAAGCGUAUUGUACUAAGAAAACAUACACAUGGCUGUGCCCGUACAACGUAAAAGAGAUAAGGGAUCGGCGUGUGCUGCGCGAGGUUGAGAAGGAAAUGAAGAAAAUUAUGCAGAAGGCGCGUAAAGAACGCAAUGAAGAGGUUCGAAAUCUAGUAUCCUUUAUACGCAAACGAGAUAAGCGAGUUCAAGCGUAUAGAAAAGUGCUGGAGGAGCGUGCAGAACUUAACCGCAAGAAGCAAGAGCAGAAUAGAUUAGAGCAAAUACGUAAACGGCAACGUGAGCUUGAAGAAAUGCGCGAAAACCAUAAACAACAUAACCAAAAUAAUGAUGAAUAUGAAACGCUGCUUAAGCAACUUGCACAAGACUAUAGUGACAGUAGUGCGGAAGAAGAUAGCGAAACAGAUGAUGAUGAAGACGAGGAAGAAGAAAACGAAGUAUUAGAAUCUGCAGAGGAGGACUUCUAUGUAGAUGAUCUUUACUGUGUGGCCUGCAACAAGGCAUUCACGAACGAGCGCGCUUAUGCCAAUCAUGAAAGCAGCAAAAAGCACCGCGAAGCCUUGGAACGCAUGAUACUAGAAAUGCAGGCAGAAGAGGAAGGGCUUCAAGCAAAUAAUGACGCUGAGGAGGAGGAGGAGGAGAGUGAAGACUUGGUUGAUAAUGGAGCAGAUGAAGUAGAAAUAGAUGAAAAGGAUGUUCAAAGGCAAACUGAAGAAUUCGGUGAAGCGGUUAAUGCAAGUGUAACGCUUGACAAAGAUGAAGCAAGCGAGGAGGAAGAACCUGCCAGUAGGAAAGCGAAGAAGAAUAAAAAAGCACGAAAAAAUGCUAAACUCAAUAAAGCACAAAGACCCAUCGAAGAUGAUGAACAGGAAGAAACCGUUUCUGCAGAUUUCCUAGCCCAAGCAAAAAUAGCUGACAGCGAUGAAGAAGAUUGGAAUAGUAGUGGUAAGAAGUCAGCACGUAAAAACAAAAACAAGAAGCAGGUGAAAAAGGCUUCUAUGGAAGAUGAAAAGGCAAACUUGGCAGAACAAAAUGCUAAAGUAACAGAGAAACAGGAAGACAAAGUGACAAUUCUUCAAAAGGAAGUUAAUGAAGUUAGUGAAACAGUUGCAGCAGAUGUUGUUGUUAAGAAAACCCAACCCAAGGCAAAGUCAAAAGUCGUUGAGGAGUCUACAGCAACCACGAAUGUUUGCGUGACUUGCAAGGCUACUUUUCCUUCUAAAAAUAAACUGUUCAAUCAUUUGAAGAUCACCAAUCAUGGCGUGUACAUACCAAAAGCGAAAACGGAAGUGAAUGCAGCAAGUGCGGAGGGUAAGAGUAAGAAGGGUAAAGGUAAAAAGAAAUAAAUGAUAGUGGGAAUAUGUAGUGUCUCCUAUUAAACGA